AGCGCAUUUUCUCUUUACCUUCAUCCAUUUAUUUCAUCGCCUCUUGCUUGAUCUCAAUAAUUAAUAUCCAACAUGAAACUCGUUCGCUUUCUUAUGAAGCUCAACACUGAGACUGUUACAGUCGAGCUUAAGAAUGGUACCAUUGUCCAUGGUACAGUCACAGGAGUGGAUAUGAGCAUGAAUACGCAUUUGAGGGCAGUGAAGAUGACUGUGAAAAACAAGGAUCCGGUCAGUUUAGAUACAUUAAGCAUUCGUGGCAGCAAUAUCAGAUAUUUUAUCCUACCAGAUUCUUUGCCACUGGAUACAUUGCUUGUCGAUGAUGCACCCAAGAGUAAAUCCAAAAAGAAGGCUGUAUCUGGUCUCUCUUCAACCAGAGGGCGUGGCCGUGGUCGUGGAGGAGCAAGAGGAGGCCGUGGUCGUGGCCGUGGAGGACGUUUCUAAGAACCGGAUGUGGCCUGAGCGCGCAGAUCAUAUUUUACUCGUGUCUGAAAUAAAAUAAAAAACAGGACUUGUGACUGC